GUUGCCGUAAUCAACACACCUCCACACUAGUAUCUAGUCGGCGAUUAGUAUAUAUAAAGAGAGAGAGCCGAGGCGUUUCAAGUUCCGACGUCUCACCUCUUCGUCAAUGUCGUAACUCACAAACUUGCAGAGCAGCUUUCUACUCAAUCCCGCGGUUACUUCCUUAUCAAGAUUUCAUCUUGUUGUGAAGUUUGUGAUAAGAUUCGUUUUGGUUGGAUCGAGUUGGAUUGAUCAAAGGUAAAAGAUGAAGUUCGGGAAGAUAUUCAAGAAGCAAAUGGUGCCAGAGUGGGUAGAAGCGUACGUGGACUACAACGGCUUGAAGAGGAUUCUAAAACAGAUACGCAGCCACAAGCAACACAGCAAGCUGUUGACCAGAGUAGCCUCCACAGCGUCACAGCAAGCAGAAGCGUUGCACCGUUCCUUUAGUGGCCUUUCCUUCCACCAUAGGAACAGUGUAGGAGGAGGUGACAUUGAGGACCAAGUCAUUAAAGUUGAUCAGCAAGAUGAUUCUGAUUCUCAUCUUAAUAAGCUUUACAAGACUAAGUUUCUAAAAAAGUCCGAUGAGUUCGAGGAGUGUUUCUUCAAGAAGCUCGACGAGAAUCUUAACAAAGUCAACAGGUUUUACCGGGAGAAAGUGGAGGAAGUGCUCGAGGAAGCUGCUUUGCUUGAUAAACAGAUGGACGCGCUGAUUGCCUUGCGUGUCAAGGUGAAGAAGCCUGAUGAUGCAAUUAACAUAGAUAUGGUGCAUGGUAUUGACAGAACUAGCAUUCCAGAAGAAGAGGCCUCUCAUAUUGUGACUGACAUUGUCCCGGUUUCUCAUACCGAUGGGGAGGAGGAGGAAGCUGCAGGUACUGGUGAUAAGCAGGAUCUCCAUGAGAUACUUGAGCGAGUGAAGAUGAAUGAUGCGCUUGAGUCUCCCAUGUCUACAUUGAAAGGGUUCUUCGGAGAUUCUAAAACUGAUGAACCAAUCUCCAAGAAAGGGUUAAAGAAAGCAGAGGAACAGCUGAGGCUUGUGUUUAGUGAGUUCUAUCAGAAACUCCGCCGUCUCAAGGAAUACAGUUUCAUGAAUCUUCUGGCGUUUUCAAAGAUUAUGAAGAAGUACGAGAAGAUUGCUUCAAGGAAUGCGUCCAGGAACUACAUGAAAACUGUGGAUAACUCAUUGAUUGGGAGUUCUGAUGAGGUUAAUAGACUUCUGGAAAGAGUAGAGGUCACUUUCGUUAAGCACUUUUCAAGUGGAAACCGAAGAGAAGGCAUGAAGUGUCUAAGGCCAAAAGUUAAAAGAGAAAGGCACAGAGUUACAUUCUUCUCUGGUUUCUUUUCCGGUUGCUCAAUUGCACUCAUAGUUGCUGUUGUUUUCAAGAUAGAAAGUAGAAAGCUCAUGGAGAAGGACUACGGUACUGCAUACAUGGCCAACAUUAUCCCUCUUUACAGCUUAUUUGGAUACAUCAUUCUUCAUAUGCUCAUGUACUCUGCCAAUAUAUACUUCUGGAGGCUCUAUAGAGUCAACUACACCUUCAUCUUUGGUUUCAAGCAGGGAACGGAGUUAGGUUACAGAGAAGUAUUCCUAGUAAGCACCGGUCUCUCGGUGCUUGCCUUCAUCUGCUUCCUGCUAAAUUUGCAGUUUGAUAUGGACUGGAAGACGAAAGUUCACAACACACUCCCUGAGGUUAUUCCUUUGGGUUUAGUCACUAUUGUUCUUUUCAUACUCUUUUGUCCUUUCAACAUCAUAUACCGCUCAAGUCGUGUGUUCUUCCUUCGAUCACUGCUUCACUGCAUUUGUGCUCCUCUCUACGAGGUUACACUUCCAGAUUUUUUCUUGGCCGACCAUCUAACUAGUCAGGUACAAGCCAUAAGGAGUUUGGAGCUAUUCAUUUGCUACUACGGUUUAGGAGAAUACAUGCAGAGGCAAGAGAAGUGUCAUAGUCAUGGUGUUUACAAUGUCUUCUACUUUGUCGUUGGGGUUAUACCUUACUGGCUCCGCUUCCUCCAAUGCAUACGCAGAUUAUGCGAAGAAAACGAAUCAGUACACGGAUACAACGCUCUGAAAUACAUGCUGACGAUCAUUGCAGUCAUCAUAAGAACAGCUUUUGAGCUGAGAAAGGGAAGAAACUGGAUGAUUCUGGCUCUUGUAAGCUCGGGCGUUGCGAUAUGUAUGAACACAUUCUGGGACAUUGUUAUAGACUGGGGACUCCUCCGUAGGCAUUCCAAGAACCCUUACCUGAGAGACAAACUACUUGUCCCUCACAAAAGCGUCUAUUUCGCAGCCAUGGUAGUGGAUGUGAUUCUAAGAGUGGCAUGGAUGCAGCUGGUUCUGGAGUUCAACUUGAAGUCCCUUCACAAAGUCGCUGUCUCGACCAUUAUCUCAUGUUUAGAGAUUGUUCGUCGUGGAAUGUGGAGCUUCUUCAGGCUGGAGAAUGAGCACUUGAACAAUGUUGGCAAAUACAGAGCAUUCAAGUCUGUUCCACAUCCUUUCCAUUACUACGACAAUGAUGACACUGAUGACAAAGACGACUGAUCAGCUACCGUAUAAAUGCUAUCUGAUUCACACUGCCAUUAAUAGGAAAAGUUUGUAUUUUUUCCAAUGAGCCAAUUCAAUGUGUAAAGACCGUAUGUUUAUACAUGAAUCCAAUGGAAAAAUAAGUAAGACAUCAAAAUCA